GGGUGUCAGAUCCCCUGGACCUGGAGCUGCCAACAAUUGUGAGCCAUCAUGUGGGUACUGGGAUUUGAACCCGGGUCUUCUGGAAGAACACCAUGACCACUAAGGAUUGUCCGUCAUUGUGGGGCUUUGGAACAACCAAGACAUUUAAAAUUCCCAUUGAACAUUUGGAUUUCAAGUAUAUUGAAAAGUGUUCAGAUGUGAAACACCUGGAAAAAAUUCUUUGUGUGCUGAGGUCUGGUGAAGAAGGCUAUUAUCCUGAACUCACAGAAUUUUGUGAGAAGCGCCUCACAGGCUUGGCUCCUGCCAGUCGAGCGCUGAGGAAAGAAAAGCCCGCAGCGACAGCGUCCAGCUUUACUGCGGAGGAAUGGGAACAAAUUGACAGUGACAUAAAGAGUUGGGUAUCAGAAAUCCAAAGAGAGGAAACUGCAAGGCACUUCUAUGACUCUGAAGCGCACCCAGGAGUAGAGGAUCAUCUGCCACCAGUUCGUGGCUCAAACUGCUGUCCUCACAGUGGCAAGGAAACGUAUCCUAAAAGUAAGCCAGCCAAGAAGAAAAUCCCAAGGGAUUAUGCAGAAUGGGAUAAAUUUGAUGUGGAAAAAGAAUGUUCAAAAAUUGAUGAAGAUUACAAAGAAAAGACUAUAAUAAACAACAAGGCUCAUUUGUCUAAAAUUGAGACAAAAAUAGACACAGCAGGUCUGACUGAGAAGGAGAAGAGCUUCCUUGCCGAGCGGGAAAAGGGGAAGGGCAACGAGGCUUUCUACUCGGGAGACUAUGAGGAGGCCGUGAUGUACUACACCCGGAGCUUAUCAGCCCUGCCCACCGUGUCUUCCUAUAACAAUCGGGCUCAAGCUGAAAUCAAGCUGCAAAGAUGGGACAGUGCUCUUCAGGACUGUGAAAAGGCCUUAGAGCUAGAGCCUGGAAACGUAAAAGCUCUCUUGAGACGUGCUACUUCCUAUAAACAUCAAAACAGGCUCCAGGAGGCUGUGGAAGAUCUGAAAACAGUGCUACAGGUGGAGCCUGAAAAUGACUUGGCCAAGAAAACGCUGUCAGAGGUUGAAAGAGAGCUGAAGAAUGCAGAGCCUGCUUCUGCGCUCCAAACCAAAGGGAAAAGAAUGGUUAUUGAGGACAUUGAAAACUCGGGAGAUGAAGGUGAAAAGGGAAGCGGACAUAAAUGUGACGAUGGUGGUGCCAGUAAGGCAGCUGCGAGCGCCAUGGGCAACAUCCAGAAGAAGCUGAUGGGCCGGAGCGAGGGUGGCAGGCGGUCGCGGCGGGGCCGGACAUCGAGGCCCAGAGCCGAACCCCAGGGAAGCCUCCGGGAGCCAGCGACGGCAGGUAGCAGCGACGACAGGCACCCCGAGGAGCCCCGAGCCUCAGCCAGUCCCGGCGGCCUCAAGAACCGGGGCAACGAGCUGUUCCGUGGCGGGCAGUUCGCAGAGGCGGCUGCGCAGUACUCUGCGGCGAUAGCACAGCUGGAACCGUCAGGAAGUGCAAAUGCAGAUGAGCUAAGCAUCUUGUAUUCAAACCGAGCGGCAUGCAACCUCAAAGAAGGGAACUGCAGGGGCUGCAUCCAGGAUUGUAACAGGGCUCUGGAGCUUCAUCCGUUCUCAGUGAAGCCUCUUCUGCGGCGAGCAAUGGCCUAUGAAACCUUGGAGCAGUAUGGGAAAGCGUACGUGGAUUAUAAAACAGUGUUACAGAUAGAUUGUGGCAUCCAGCUGGCGAGUGACAGUAUUAACAGAAUAACAAGAAUCUUAAUGGAGCUAGAUGGACCAAAGUGGCGGGAGAAACUGCCACCCAUCCCAGCCGUACCCACGUCUGAGCCACUGCAGGUUUGGCAUCCUGCUGCAGAGACCCCAGACCAAGAGCCACAUCCCAGCGGCUGCCCACCCAGCAUCACAGAUGAAAAAAUGUUUCAAGUCCUUAAGGAAGAAGGAAAUCAACUUGUAAAGGACAAAAACUAUAAAGAAGCCAUUAGUAAAUACAGCGAAUGCUUAAAAAUUAACAGCAAGGCGUGUGCCAUUUAUACAAACAGGGCUCUCUGUUACUUGAAGCUGGGCCAGUUUGAAGAGGCGAAGCUGGACUGUGACCAGGCGCUUCAGAUCGACAGCGAGAAUGUGAAAGCCUGUUACAGACUAGCGCUCGCCCAGAAAGGACUCGAAGAGAAUCGCCAGAAAAACAUGGCUGGCCCCAGUCAAGCCCUCCUCCUGAACGCAGACUCAGGGGAGACAAAGGUAGGGCUCCAGGAGCCAGCCCCGCUCCUUGCCGCUCAGAAUGGCACAGCGCCUCCCAGCCAUGGAAGAGAGAGGAGGAGAAUCGAAGUCCAAGAGGUAUUUGGGAGCAGCGAUGAGGAGCCUGAGAGACCCAAAGAGGCCUCUGUUGCCUCCCUGCCUGCCACGGAGGAAGUUGGAGGCGGAGGCUUUCCAGAACAUUCUGAAAAACUCGAGGUCUCCAAGCCUAGCAGUGCCUAUGAGUUCGGACAGGUCCUAAACGCUAUGAGCGCCAGGAGAGACGAAGAGGCCUGUGCACACCUGCUAGCCAUCACUGCACCCAAAGAUCUGCCAGCGUUGCUAAGUAACAAACUGGAAGGGGACACGUUCCUCCUCCUCGUUCAGUCACUGAAAAGUCACCUUGUGGCCAAGGACCCCUCACUGGUGUAUGAGCAUCUCCUGUACCUGAGCAAAGCAGAGAGGUUUAAGACGAUGCUGACACUACUUAGCAAAGGCCAGAAGGAGCAGAUGGCGCAGCUGUUUGAUGGCCUGUCAGACACACAGGCCAGCUGUUUCACUGCAGAGGAUGUACAGGCCCUAAGAAGGCAGUAUGAGCUUUGACACGGCUUGCUGAGUCCUGACGCUUCUACCAGCAUUGUGAUAGAGCUGCGUGCAAGCCACACCCACAAGGGUCCCUGUCUGGACC